AGCAGCAGCAGCAGCAGCAACAGCAGCAGACGCAGUCUAGAAACCUCUACCACCAACAUGAAGUGCCUGAUCGUCCUGAGUGCUGUCGUGGCCAUGGCCCUUGCCAAGCCCGGCUUCCUGGGGGCGGGCGUCGCCGCCCCCGCCUACGCCGCAGGCCUCGCUGCCGCCGUCCAGCCCGCUCCCGUCUAUGUGGGCGGCAUCCACCCCGGCCUCGCCGCCUACGGCCCGGCCAACAUCGUCGUCGGUCCCGGCGGCUACAACCUGGACACCCCUGACGUGGCCGCCGCCAGGGGCGCCCACCUGGCCGCCGUCGCCCAGACGAGGGCCCGCGACGCCGCCAUCAACGGCGCCGCCCUCGCCGCCGCCUCCGCCGCCGCCUACGGCGCCUACGCCGCCCCUGCCGUGGUCGCCGCUCCUGCCGUCGCCGCAGUCGCCCCCGCUGUCUACGGUGGUCCUGGGGCUGCCUUCCUGGCUGCCAAGGCUGCUUACCAUGGUUAACCUGUCACAACGAAGGCUCUUCUCUAGGACUGCCAAAAUGUGCGGUUGUUCAACGCCUUCGCCGCUCAAGAGGCUAUUGUAUUACUGAAUGUUGUACAAAUCUCUUCUAAAUAAACUGUUUUUAAUUAA